AUAAAAACAUUUAAUGCAAUACGGUGAGAGUCAAAAUUUGGGGUAUUUUUGGGGUUAUGGGGCGGUGGAUGAUAUUAUUAUUUAUUAGUGCGGAGCCACUAAAUGAGACUAAAUAGAGAAAGAAGUCUAAUCUUCAAACAAAAGAUCAAUCAUCCAUGGAGAAGACAGCGUGGAGCUCUCUGCGUGUGCCCAGUGUUCAGCAGCUGGCGAAGGAGCCAAUCACUACAGUUCCACCACGAUAUGUUCGAACAGAUCAAGACCCUCCUUUCAUAUCCAAUGCCGCCUCUUUGCCACAGGUGCCUGUAAUCGACUUCCAAAAGUUGCAGACUGGAGACCUGAUGGAUUCUGAACUAGACAAGCUUCACCAGGCAUGCAAAGAAUGGGGUUUCUUUCAGUUGAUAAACCAUGGAGUGAGCAGUUCACUGGUGGAGAAACUGAAGGGAGAAACUCAGGAGUUUUUCGAUAUGCCAUUGGAGGAGAAGAAGAAGUACUGGCAAAGAGAAGGAGAGAUAGAAGGUUUUGGGCAGGCGUUUGUUGUGUCUGAGGAGCAGAAACUUGAUUGGGCUGACUUGUUCUUCGUGACCAGCCUCCCAAUUCAACUGAGGAAGCCACACCUAUUUCCGAAGCUCCCUCUCCCUUUCAGAGAAACAUUGGAAGCUUACUCAGUAGCACUAAGGGAUCUCGCCAUGAAAAUCCUAAACCAAAUGGCGAAAGCUCUGAGAAUGGAACCCAAGGAUAUGAACGAUUUGUUUGAAGGAGGGAUGCAGGGAAUAAGAGUUAACUACUAUCCUCCAUGUCCACAACCAGAGCUUGUCACCGGCCUCAAUCCUCACUCCGACGGCGGUGGCCUUACCAUCCUCCUCCAGCUCAACGAGAUGGAAGGCCUUCAGAUCAGGAAAGAUGGAAUGUGGGUUCCUGUUAAACCCCCACCAGACGCUUUUAUCGUCAACAUUGCAGACAUUUUAGAGGUUGUAACCAAUGGGAUUUACCGCAGCAUUGAGCAUCGAGCAGUGAUAAACUCGUUGAAAGAAAGACUCUCAAUUGCCACAUUUUACAGCCCCAGAAUAGACGGGGAUAUGGGUUUGGCACCGAGCCUUGUUACACCAGAGACCCCGGCCAAAUUUAAGAGAAUAAGUGUUGCAGACUACUUCCAUGGAUUCUUUUCCCUCAAACUGGAAGGAAAAUCGUACCUUGAUGUCUUGAGGGUUUGAAAUCAUGUCUCGUUCUACUUGAGAGUAAGUCAAACUGGUUUGUUAUGGGAAGCCUAAUUUGAGACGAAACAGAAGUUUCGUUCUAGGGUAAAUAAUCAGGCUACAUCCAUACCGACAUUUAUGAAUGCUGUGAUACAAAUGUACCACCUGGAUUAAUCUUCCGUUAAUAAACAAAGAAGACAUUGAAUA